GAAAUAUAGUUAUAUAUAAAUAAGUUUUAAAACACAUAUGCGUAUUGCAAGUGCCAAGAUAUUGUUGUUUAUUUCCUAAGAAACAUGUCGCUUGUAUAUUUUGCCAGCGGGGACAGCAAAGCGGACAUCGAAUAUCAGACAAUCUCCUCGACUGCUACCCAGAUUAGCCAGGAGCAAUCGGAGCGACUGCACGACCGCAUCUCCAAGGCCCAGUUACAGAAGCUGUACGAACUAUUUAAAUCAGCACCAGGUCAAGUGGUUGGCUGUGGAGAUUUGCGACGUAUGCUCGAGGAUGUAGACAUUACCUUUAACGAUUUCGCCUACACGCGUCUCUUUCUAAAAAUUAAUCAGAAUCAUGAUUUUAUGGUGGACUGGAAUGAGUUUGUCUCGUAUCUAAUAUUCGGGUUUCAGGAGGAGGAUCCCAGCAGCCAAAAGGAGGCACUUAUUAUGCCCAUCUCGAUGGCGCCAGUUGUACGCAAAACCGAGCACCGUUCAGCGGUCUGUUGCAUAACAUUGCUUAAGGUCAAGUCUGAUCAGACUCCAAUGGAAGAGAUCACCGAAUCAGCCAAUUAUUCUUUUGGUGGCGAGGACUCGCCCGAGAACUCGGGCAUGUGGGUAACGGCCAGUCAUGAGGGUCAAUUGCGUUUCUGGAGCGCGCACAUGGAGCCACUGCGUAGUGCCGUCUCCGAGAGCAUUCACUUGAAGGUGCCCACCUGGAUACUGGCCCUGCAGGCGCUGUCCGACGUGAGCAUCGUGUGCACCUCCUCCACGGAGCGUGAAUUGCGCUUCCAUGAGACGAUUGCCUCUACCUUUACGCUGCGCAUGGUCAUUCGCAGCCUGCCGUAUGCUGUCUAUUGCAUGAGUUAUGCCUUCUACAACAACGGCAAGACACACUCGAAGCUGGUGCUCGGAGAUUAUGCUGGCAAUGUCCGGAUCCUGUCAUAUUCACCAUACCUGCGCGGUCCGUUCCAGGCGAAGCCCGGCGCGGCGCUGGUUGAGCUAGUUUGGGCGGAUGUGCUGCGCGGCCGGAUACCGCUGCUAAUACCACGGGAAUACAUUAAUCUGCACAACGAGCUCAUCUCCUGCGUCUACUUCUCGCUGCACAUGAACACGCUGUUCGCCUCGGCCGAGUACAGGAACACCAAAAAGUAUCGUGGACGCUGCCCGGGCCUUAUAAUGGUCAGCAACGAGGAUCGCAACAAUUUUCGCAUACCAUUGGGCGUAUCCGUGUUCUAUGUGUCUGAGAUCAAGAAUAUUUUGGUCACCGGUGGUCCGGAUACCUUUGUGCGCAUUUGGGAUGUCUAUAUAUCAUCCGAGCCAUCGGCCAUUUUGACUGGACACAAUGGCGGCAUUGUGGCCGUCUUUGUGCAGCCGGAGGAGAAUAAGGUGUACAGCGUGGACUAUCAUAAGAUAAUCAAAGUGUGGGAUCUGCAGGAGCACACGCUGCUCCAGACCUAUGGCGAUCUGGUGCGCGUCAUUCAUCACAGCGAAACCGAUAUUAAAUAUUAUUAUCAUUCGCAUCUGCGGGAGCUAAUGGUCGCCGGUCGCAAGCUCAUCCAGAUCAAGUGCUGUCCCCGUGUCCGGGUCGAUCUCACCGAUGGCAACACCCAUGCCGCGCCCGUCUCCGUGGUACUCUAUAAUCGCCUGUUUCGCAACAUUGUGACCUGCGGCCUGGAUAGCUAUAUUAUAGUGUGGGAUCCGUGGACGGGUCGUCGCAAGAUCAUCAUGAAAAACUGUCACACCAAGAUGAUUUACGGGGAGACCAUUGACAUUGAGAUUACGGCUGCCUGCUUCGAUCCGCUGGAGCAGUUCCUGUUGACGGGCGCACGCGAUGGUUCGCUCAAGAUUUGGAACUACAACAAUGCUGUCGUGGUGCGCAAUAUGAGCAUUCAGCCGGACCAGGAAGUGACCGCCGUUAUCUGGGUUGUAGAUCGUAUACUGGCCAUGGGCUGGGACCGACAGGUGACCGAGUUCAAUGAUGUGGAGGGUCGCGAAUAUGGCGAUCCAAAGAAGUGGGCGAAAUUCCAUACGGACGAUAUCACCUGUGCCGAUGUCAAGCUGGGCGAGGGCGUGGUCACGGCCACUUACUCUGGCGAGAUCAUCUUCUGGAAGCUGGAGACGGGCCAGCCGUAUCGACGCUACAAUGUCAUGGAUCCCAGUCGCUUUAUUGAGCUAAAGCUGAAUGCUGAGGAGGAGAAAUUAACGCGACGCAGCAAACGCAUGUCCUCACUCAUAGGCGUAAAUAGACGAAGCACUUCCGUGCAAGCCGUUAAGCCGGAUGAAAUCAAGGAUUAUGGAGCCAAUAUACCUGUUUCCGUGCAGGCUGUGCUCUUUCUGCAGCGACGUCCAAUGACCAAGGAACAUGGAAGCGUCUUUAUCUCCCUGGAUACGGGCACCAUUCAGGUCUAUUCGCAUCAUCAGCAUGGCGGCUAUAUUAAGCAGUUUACGGCCGUCCACAAAACAGGCGACUGUGUGCUGACCAUGGCCACAGAUCGCAAGAAUCGAUUCCUCUAUACGGGCACAGCCUUUGGUUACAUCAAGGUUUGGCAUAUUGUCAAUUAUUGCAUACCGAAGGCGGAGCAGACGCAUGUGUGCAUGCCCAGACUGCGACUGGAAUUUAUAUUCCUGCGAAAGGAACUCUUCUUGACGCGCGCCAAGCGUAUGGUACGUUUUCAACCGGAGCCCAUGCUGGUUAGCUCUUACAAGGGACACCUUAAGGCCAUAAAUUCCAUACGUUUCAUCAAUUUGCCAAAGAUCAUAUUCAGUGGCAGCCACGACUAUUCGUGCCGCCUGUGGACGCAAGGAGGUCGCUACCUGGGCACUCUGGGCACUGUGCUGCCCUGGUCGAAACUGACACCUUUCGAGCGCGCUGGCGAGGAUAAUCGCGCCUAUCGCCUGCCGCCGGAUAUCAAGAAGGUGGCCAGUUCCACAACACUCAAAGUUAUCUCGGGCAUACAGCAUUCGUUCACGCUGAAGCGUCCCAAGGCGGCCGAAGAACGGGAGGAGGAGCGCGAAGUGGAGGACACGACCACCGAUGUGAAGAAUUUGUUUGAGCGACCGCUACGCGAGCCCAUUCUGGGCAAGCACUUCCAGCUGCCCGGUCGCAGUGCCAUCGAGCAGCGCAUCGAGCUGGAUACGACACAGCUGUAUAUUCCAGUGUACACGCAUCUGCGUGUAUAUCCAUCCGAGAUGAUGGAGGCUCUGCCGACGUCGCCAAUUAUUGGUCAAGUGAAAGCUGAGAACUAUUUGGAGCAUUAUAUGCCCGUGGUGGGCAAGGUGGAUGUCAAUACAUCCGCCAUAAACAUAAAGGAGCCGCAGAAGCUGGAGCGCAUCAAGGCUGGCGCCAACCUGGACCAACCGCGGGCUAGCGCUGGCUGGGGAAAGCCCAAGACAAGCUCAAUUCUUGGCAUACCCAGGGCAGGCUCCAGCCUAGGCAAAGCCAGGGCUAGCGUUAGCCAGGGCUCUCCCAAGGCUGGCGUUAGUUCAGGGUAUGGCAAGGUUAGCGUUAGCCAGGGCUAUCCAAGGGCUGGCAGCCCCAGGCCUCGCACUACUAGCCUGAGCAAGCCCAAGACCAGCUCCAGUCCAGGCAAACCUAAGGCUAGCUUCAGGCUAGGCAGUCCCAAAGCCGCCGCCAGCCUGGCCAAAGCCGACUCUAGCCCAGGUAGACUCAAGUCUAGCCCAUCGAAACGCAGCUUCAGUCCAGGCAAAGCCAAUGCCAGCUCAGGCAAAGCCAGGAUUAGCUCUGUACUUGGCAAGCCUAAAGCCAAAUCGGAAAGGGAAACCCAUUAAUCUUGAGUUUUAAAU